CCAACCAUUGGAGUUGACGGACUCAACAUUUUUAUGAAAUUGUUAGCGAAUUACAUAAAUACGAAGUAAAUCUGUAGCUCUGUUCCACAUCAUCUGGGCCCCAUAACCAAGAUUCAUGUCCUCUCUUUCUUCGUCUCUAAGAGAACAGCGCUCGUUACGCAUCUUCUCCCUUCCGAGGAUCACUUGUGGGUCUGUUUAGUGACCGGCGAUGCACGAAACGGAGCUCGGCGAUCUGUCAGACGACGCCGAUUACGCUGCCUCUAUGCAACAGGGUUCAGCAGCAAUGACUCGCAAUGAUAGCAGCAAUAGCAGACGCAGUACAUCAAGUGAAACCGAUGGGGCAGAAUUAGUGUACCUGAAGGACAAUGUGACAAUUCAUCCCACACAGUAUGCCUCAGAAAGGAUUAGUGGUAGACUGAAGCUGAUUAAGCAAGGAAACACUCUAUUCAUGACAUGGAUUCCUUAUAAAGGACAGAGCUCAAGUGCGAGGUUACCUGAGAAAGAUAGAAAUCUUUAUACUAUAAAGGCAGUUCCCUUUUCGGGUGUUAGAUCAAUUCGGAGGCACACACCUACACUUGGAUGGCAAUAUGUAAUCGUAGUUCUAUCAUCAGGGUUGGCUUUUCCUCCACUUUACUUCUACAACGGUGGAGUACGAGAGUUUCUCGCAACACUCAAGCGGCAUGUUGUUCUUGUGAGGUCUGCUGAAGAUGCCAAUGUAUUUCUUGUCAAUGAUUUUCAGGAUCCUCUCCAGAGAACACUCUCUUCCCUGGAGCUCUCUAGGGCUGUAUCUGUAUCAGGUAGUCCAACAUACUCUGUUGCUGCUAGUGAAUCAUCCAGUGAGAUUGAUGGGGAAGCUUCUGAUAGGAUAUCAGCACAUGCUCAACAAAGUGGGAGGUCAAGGCAAAAACAUUACGACCCUGCUCGAGAUCUGUCAAUUAAUGUUUUAGAGAAAUUCUCACUUGUAACUAGAUUUGCCCGUGAAGCAACAUCUCAACUUUUCCAUGAAACUUACAGUGAUAGUUUCAUAUCUAAUGAGAGAAAGAAGAGUGACCAGUCCAGGAUUGAUUAUCCUCCUACCACGUCAGAUGUUGCAGAGAACGUUAUUAGAGCUGUUCCCGUACCUUCAGACCCUGUAGAGAUUGACAAAUUGUCGCUAGUAUGGGGCAAACCGCGGCAGCCUCCCCUGAGGUCAGAAGAGUGGGUCACGUUCUUGGAUUCCGAAGGAAGAGUUUUGGAUCCUGAAGCCUUGAGAAAAAGGAUCUUCUAUGGCGGAGUUGAACCCAGUCUGAGGAAAGAGGUCUGGGCAUUGUUGCUGGGGUAUCAUUCAUACGAUUCAACUUAUGCAGAAAGGGAAUAUCUUGUUUCAGUUAAAAAGUCUGAAUAUGAAACCAUUAAAAAUCAAUGGAAGAGCAUUUCAAGAGAGCAAGCAAAAAGAUUUACCAAAUUCCGGGAAAGGAAAGGGCUUAUUGAGAAAGAUGUGGUGAGGACUGACCGGACACUCUCAUUCUAUGACGGGGACGAGAAUCUUAAUGUGAAUCUUUUACAUGACAUACUGCUGACGUACUCAUUCUACAACUUUGAUUUAGGUUAUUGUCAGGGUAUGAGUGAUCUUUUAUCUCCAAUAUUAUAUGUAAUGGGAGAUGAAUCAGAAUCAUUUUGGUGCUUUGUUGCACUAAUGGAGCGACUUGGGCCCAAUUUUAACCGGGACCAGAAUGGAAUGCAUUCACAGCUUUUUGCACUAUCAAAGUUGGUGGAGUUGUUAGAUAGCCCAUUGCAUAACUACUUUAACCAGAAGGACUGCUUGAAUUACUUCUUCUGCUUUCGCUGGAUACUCAUACAAUUCAAAAGGGAAUUUGAAUUUGAGAAAACAAUGCAGUUGUGGGAGGUUCUAUGGACACAUUACUUGAGCGAGCAUCUUCACCUGUACGUUUGUGCUGCUCUCCUGAAACGAUAUCGCAACAAAAUAAUCGGAGAGCAGAUGGAUUUUGACACGCUGUUGAAAUUCAUCAACGAGCUAAGUGGCCAUAUUGACCUUGACUCUGCCAUCCGGGAUGCGGAGGCUUUGUGUAUAUGUGCUGGUGAGAACGGAGCAGCUGCCAUCCCACCAGGAACUCCACCUUCCUUGCCCAUCGAUGGUGAUGCUUCCAUAUACACUCAACAGGAUGAUGAUGAUGGCGGUGUACUGUAAAUUAGCGGAUUUCUCAUGUUUUGCACUCCUACCCUGACAACACUGCUUAAGGCAUGAUAUGAUACUUUCUUCUCUAGCUAGCUGGACAUUGUACAUCUAUGGAUCCAAAAUAAUUACUAGUAUGCUGAAUUCAGUUUCUAUCCAACAAAAUGACCACUGUAUCCAUUAUUUAUGGUAAGUAAAUAAUGCGUUUGAAUGCCAUAUUCAGAUUACAGUUGUGUGCGCAUAAUAAUAAAUAGUAUGAGUGCUAAAAUGGAAGGGGUACUUUAAAAUUCUAAAGAGCAACCAGCCUGUUAGUUCUGCUGCAAUAACAAUAGCUGGGCCUUUUCACCAUCAUUAGGGAUGGACGGGUACCUGGUUUUGAAACUGUACCAUAAGUCCAUAACCGAUGGUUUUUAUCUUUUUUUUUGCCCACAAACUGGUUUUUCAGUUUUAAUUCCGAUCAUUAACACAUCAAAAACUAAUAUCUAACUAUCAAAUAAAUGAUAUUGAGAAAUGCCGUCACUUGUAUAUUUGAUAUUUCGAUAUUAGUUUUUGAUAGGGGUGGACCGGUUCCGGUUCGGGCCCGGUUCAGGCCUGGGCCCUGCCGGGCCUCGGUUCAUGAAAGGGGAGGCCCGGAACCGGCCCGGAUAACCCCCGGGUCCGGGCCGGGCCGGGCCUCGGUUCAUGUAUUUUUUUUUGGCUUGUCCUAAUUAACCCCCAACCCUCCCCUCUCACCCCCAAACCACCUCAAACCAUCUCAAAUGGCCCAUCAUACCCAGCCCAACCCAAAAACUUAAAAAAAAAAGAAAAAAAAUAAUAAUUUGGCCCGGACCGGGCCCGAACCGACCGGGCUGGUUCACUAUUUAGCAGGCUCGGGCCUGAACCGCCUACCUCACUGGGCCAGGUGGCCCGAACCGGGCACCAACCGGUUCACCGGGCCGGUCCGGGCCCGCACAGUAGCGGGCCGGUCCGGGCCCGCACAGUAGCGGGCCGGUUCGGGCCCGCACAGUAGCGGGCCGUUCCGGACCCGCACAGUAGCGGGCCGGUCCGGUUCCGGGCCGGUCAGUCCACUCCUAGUUUUUGAUAAGUUAAAUGACUGAAUUUUUAGUGAAAAAUUGCUUUAUAUCAAACUAUAGUUUGUAUUAUUUAAAAAAAAAUCCUUAUACAAACUAUAAAAAUGUGAUAUCUAAACAAAUUACUCCGUAUAAUCUUAUCCUAUUAUAAAAAUGUUGUUAUAUUUGAGAUCCAGUUAUUGAAUCUUAACCAAUUCCAUAUAUACGACUUGGCUUCGCAGUUCGCUGGAUUUUUGUUAUUGAAUUAUAAUUCUAAUAUAAUCAAGACAAGACUUGAAAAUCAAUUUUAACAUCUAUCAAGAGCACGGAAGAACUAUGAAUUUGGA